AUGUGCGGCACUGUCCAACCGGAAACAGUUGCGCAACCCCACGGCUCGGAUCUGGCUUCCCUCAGGCCGUGUCAUCUGGAUUGCUGCUGCAAUGUCUGGGGCUUCUGUGGUACCACGGAUGAGUUCUGCGGACCAGUGCCGGCUAGGCAGGCGCCCAGUGCUCCGCAGCCCGUCGCCAAACCAGGGUGCAUCUACAAUUGUGGUGCUGGCAUUGCCAGGACUGGGUUGCCCCCAUCUUCUUUCAUCAGCAUUGGUUACUUUGAGGGCUACGGUAUCUCUCGAAGAUGCGAUGGCCUCGACAUCCAAGAUAUUGACACGAGCAAAUACACUCACAUCCACUUUGCUUUUGCUACUAUGACACCAGAAGAUUAUCAAGUUGACAUGGCACCCAUAGUCAAUCAGUACUACUAUUUCAAAAGAUUGAACAGUACAAGGAGGAUUCUGUCCUUUGGCGGUUGGAUGUUUUCUCCCGACAAAGACGCGUAUAGAGUAUUUCGGGAGGGGGUCCUCGGCGCGAAUCGUGAUUUAAUGGCACAGAAUAUCGCCACUUUUAUCAUGUGCGAAGGCUUAGAUGGCGUUGAUAUCAACUGGGAGUACCCUUCAGCACCCGAUGCCCCCGCUAUCCCUACGUCAGACCCCAGAGAAGCUGAGAACUACUGCCUCUUUUUACAAAAGCUUCGGUCAACUCUCCCAUCCGACAAAAGCGUUUCUUUCGCAGCGCCUGCUUCCUUUUGGUACCUUCACGGCUCACUGGCAGCCAAAAUCAUCAGCUUCGUAGAUUACGUCGUUUAUAUGACUUAUGAUCUUUACGAUCAGAGAGAUUUCGGCGACAUGUGGGCGGAUUCAGGAUGCCCUGGUAGAAAGUGCCUACGCUCCCACCUAAACGCCACCGAGACACUAAACGCUCUGUCUAUGAUCACAAAAGCCGGUGUUCCAAGAAAGAAGAUUGCUGUCGGCGUUGCGAGCUACGGCCAAUCAUUCCAAAUGACUGACCCUCAGUGCACCGGCCCUACGUGCACCCAUACAGGAAACGCAUCUGGUUCUACUCCUGGACGUUGUACCAAUACUACAGGCUAUAUCAGCAACGCCGAGAUCCGUGACAUACUGGAAAACAAUCCAACUGCAAGAAAGUUUAGUGACGGGGAGAAAGCCGACGUCUUGGUCUACAAUGGUGAUCAGUGGGUUUCAUUCAUGGAUAGUGAUACCAAGGCAAGACGCACCAACAUGUAUAGAGCCAUGAACUUUCUCGGAACGGCUGAUUGGGCAAUAAGUCUUGACGAUCUCGGUGUCUUCCAUGAUAAUGACGAUGACGACGAAGGCUCAGAUGACCUUGGUCUGGGUAGAUUCCCCGACUUAGUCUUCGAAGUGAAAGAUGAAGAGAUUAAGAAAAAAGACCGUGCGCCGAGUCUUCCUAACGAGCAGCAAAAAGAGACUGCACCGCCCUUGGCCAUCGCCGCCACAGCCAUGUGGCCAAUGGACAAUUGGGGCGGUGAAAUGUCGCUGUAUAGCGGUGGGACGCUACCUGAGCUCUCGGUGGCGGAAAAAGAAGCUGCAGAGGCAGAGGAGGCAGCCUGGCACGCUGAGAUGUCAAGGAAGCAGAAAUGGUUCGAAGAAAACUUCGACCCUGCCGCCGUAGAUCCAGUGGACUUUACGCCACUGUUCGAUGAAGGGGAAUUAACGCACAAAGUUAAAUUCCGCUGCGAGGAGGGCGCGUGGUACUCGACGAUUCAAUGCUCGCUGCGGUGCCAAGGGGGGCUGUGCACUGAAACAUAUGAUGGUAAAGUCGUCUGCAGUAGCUGCAACGCGACUACAGAUGAGCAGCCGUACAAGAGAGAAGAGUUUCGCGACGCUUUUGCCGACAGCAGCAUGAGCGACUGGAAGGUUUACAGCGGCCAGUUCGAUGUAUCGGCUGCCGGUCUUAGCGCCGAAGCGGCCGCAGAGGGCGAGGCCAUCGUCUACAGUCACAAAAUGGCCGACUUUACCUUUGAAGCCGACCUCACGUUCCCAUCCGCGGGAGCCGGCGGCGAUGCUGGCCUCGUGUUUCGCGCGACGCAUCCAGACUCGUACGGUGCCGGCUCUUACUACGCGGGCCUCAACCCAAGCAGCGGAGAAUUGUUCCUCAGCCGCAUGCCCGACAACGUGCAGCUAGCCUCGGCCAAGAUGGCCACGCAAGCCAGAGGAACCAUUCACAUCAAGGUGCAGGCCGUCAACGAGACCAUCUCGGUGUAUGUCGGCGACGCGAGCACUGCCCAUCUUGUGCAGAAAGAUGCCACCUUUGAGAGCGGCUUCAACGGCGUGCGGGUGCAAAAUUCUAGUGCGACUUUUACCAAUGUCGAAAUGAUCCCCGUGGUGAGGCAGCGAGGGAUCCUUGACAACUGCAGCAGUUUCUAUCGCGCAGUGGCGGGAGACACCUGCCAGGCAAUUGCUGACAAGCAUGACUCGAUAUCGCUCGCCCAAUUACACUCCUGGAAUCCUGCAUUACAACACGACUGCUCAGGCCUCAAGACGGACUACUUUUACUGUGUAGCAAGGGAGGACAACUUUCGCCUCCUGACAAAGUACAACAGCGACUGCAGCGGCGCCGUGCACAAGGAAGUAGCUCUCAGCGGCAACGAGGGCAGAUGCAUUGAUACCGGAUGCGCCGUCGCUUCCCUAGACAUUGCUGGUGGCGGCGACUGUCCUAGCGGACAAGUGCAGAUCAGUUACUGGGAGCAGCCCGGCUGCGCUGGCAGGUGGUUCGGCUACGGCUACACAAGCCGCGACACCUGCAGCGCCCUCUGGACCAACGGAUGGAAGUUUGGUUCGCUACACCUGCGAUGCGCCGACCCGCAUCUGUGA